AGACGCGUGUUUUAGGGCCGCAUCGUCACACCUCUUCACGCUUGACGCUCCUCGUGGGCGGACUCAGCCGAGUGUAGCACCCAGCUAUCGUUCUCAACGUCGAAAACAACGCCCGACCUCUUCUCGACGACGCCCAUCUCAGAUGGAGACUCCGGGCGCGUCUAUCAAGCGUGCCCCUCGGACUUACGGCCGCCGGAGAGAGCUCGACGGACCUGACGUCGACGCCGCCCUCACUGCUGAGUCUAGUGUCUCCUCUAACCAGAGCAGCCCUGCUUGCUACGACUCAGGACGUGAUGUUCCUCCAACUUCAGACUGUGAAACAUCCUUGGUCCACGGUGAUGACGAAGAUUCAGAAGACAUGCCUGACGACAGCGGGUAUAUGCUCGACCCCCAAAACAGCUUGGAUUGGAAGCGCAGGCACAAGACGAAGGGCAUCUCUGAGUUCGACGACGAUAUGGAGGAUGCUCCUCCACCACGGAGGCUAAUGAACGAUAGUGAAGGGGAGCCCGUGGAAAGUGGCUCCCGCCCAGCCCACGGCAUAGGCGCCGAUAGUGACGACGCUGUAGGCGAUGAAGACGUGCCGCGACCGAGGACUCUCUUCAGACGGAGUGUGAGGGAGGAGCUUGCUCGGAUUCACAUGGAAUAUGAUGAUGCGGUGGCAAUGGGAUCGCACAAAGGCGAAGCUCUUCCUUUAUCUGCGGAUACACCGGACGAUCCCUUCGGCGUACCUCCCCCCGUCCUUAGAGACACUCAUACAGCAUCCCCAGCUCACUCUCCAACCUCGCGUUUCAGCCGAGUGGAAAAUCAGGAGCCUACGGCCCAUGUAUCGGACUCGGAAGGGGAAGGCUUGCCGCGUUCAUCUCCCCAUACAUCGCCUGGUGCCUUGCAUCCCGUCAGUACGCCUAAGACAACUUCGUCUCCUACACCCCCUACAUCGGAAGAGAUGGUAAAAGCAAAGGGCAAGGGCAAGCAAAAGAGUGGAGCAUCGGCCAAUCUUGAUACCGAUGAGCUGCCUGAUGUGAGUACCCAGAGUAAGGCGAAGGGAAUACAUAUGGAGAAACAAAAGCGCGUGAAGGUGCGUCCUCCUUCUCAGGA